GGAGGGGAGGAAGGGGAGGGAGAGGGGGAGGAUCUGCUAAUUACACAGAACAGCUCUGGGGGCUGCUGAAGUCCAGAAUGAAGCAAAGAGCAGCAGAAGCGAGUGCUGCAGUGGGAGCGCAGGAGCCCAAGCAUCACCGAGAGCUGGAGCCGGCUGUUAUCCCUGCUGGGAGCAACUGGGAGCACCCAGGGGAUCCUGCAGCCCUGUCUCCCACAGAAGACAGCCUCUGGCACUGCCACCAAGCCCACUGCCAGCCUCCGGAGAGCCGAGGGGAAGGGGCUGGUGGUUGCAGGACGAAGGGCUGGGCUGGAGGGCAGCAAGGUCAGCCCUGCCAUGGUCCCGGGGGGCUAGGAGCCUGUGUGGAUCCACCAGGAAGAGGUGAAGGAUGGCUGCUGAAGGAGGGAGAGCCAAGCCCGUCGCCCAGUCCAGGAUGGAGAACUUCCGAAAGGUGAGGACCUCUGAGGAGGAGAUGCCAUUGCCCUUCCCAGACCUGCCCCCGGACGUGGUGGAGAUGAAAGUGAAGGAGGGCAGCAAGAUCAGGAACCUGAUGAACUUCGCCAUGGCCCAGAUGGAGCUGAAGGGCAGACGGCAGAUUGUGUUCAGUGGCUGUGGCAGGGCAGUCACCAAGACCAUCACCUGCGUGGAGAUCAUGAAGCGCAAGCUGGGAGGGCUCCACCAGGUCACCAAGGUACGCUACAAAACCGUGCUGGAGGUCUGGGAGAACCAGGACCCGCCGCCCGACAGCCCUGCCCAGAACCUGACUGUCCACAAGAACGUCCCCUCCAUCUGCAUCCUGCUUUCCCGAGACCCCCUGGAUCCCAACCAGACAGGAUACCAGCCCCCGGAGCCCCGGCACGAGGCGGGAGAAGACACAUUGGGAUCCUCUGCCAAGGGGCUGAAGCGGCCAUUGCCGCCUCCCCACGAGGAGCUGCUGCCCAAGAAGCUGCAGGUACAGGUGUCUGACAGCCCCAGGGGCUCGGGGACCACCACUGGCCAGCUGGACCACUGACCCCACCGCCUCCACCCCACCAGCCAGGUAUUGAGGCAGGAAUAUACACUCUUUCUGGGGUCACCAGUGGGCUGCAGGCUCCCCCUGACCUGUCCCCACUUGCUGCUCCUUGACCCUUGUGGACGGGAGAGAUUGGCGUGAGGGUUAAAGGGUUAAACCCACCAUCUCUUGGUUAUGGAUUGAAGCAGGUGAGGAUGUGGGGGGGAGCUGGUGACCUCUAAUUCAGCCACCCAGGGACACCGUGACCACUAGCCACAUCCUGCAGCGACUCUCAUGGAGCCAGAGCAGCUGAGGGGUGCCAGACCAUCACCACCGCUCCCCACUGCAAUGCCUCAUCCUUCAGGAGAGACGGGUUUGCCCCAAGCUUGUUGGAAUGAAACCUUCUUCAUCAAACCCGUUGCUGAGGAGAUGUCAGGGUUAUUAAUGCCGGGCUCGGCAUCCCACAGGGCUGUGAUUCAUCCCAAAAAAACCACCCAAACAAGCACAGGGGUUGCUCCCUCCCUGCGCCCACAGAGCCAAGCACUGCACUGUGCUGCCUGCCUGUGGGACAGCACAAGGAAAUAAAACAACCCACAUCGGAUACUCUGGUCUGGAGUCGGGGGAAACCAUGGUGUGGGGGGCUGGGGGCAGCGGGAGCGUUGGGCGGGUGGUUGUUGUGACUGGAUGCAGUGCCCAGCACAGGAUGAGGAGGUUUGGGGGUCAUGCCUUGGCUGCAGAGCUCUUUGGAGCAAAAUCCCUGCAACUUCCAGGGGGUAAAGGGAAAUGAAUGGACAAUAAAAGCUCUUUAGAAAUA